AUGCAACUCAGAAAAAGUCAAUGUGAUACUUCUGGCUGGAUUAAGUACUUUGGCACAGGAAAGCAGCUAGUUGUUUCUGAUACAAAAGCAAAAUUUGAUCCUCAGAAGAUCCAGAUCCUGUCUCCUACUAAACAAGAAGGGAAAGGAACACACAUAUGCCUCAUUGAGGAUUUUUUCCCAAAAGUUAUUAACGUGAAUUGGGAAGGCCCGAAUGCAGAGAAAAAUGCAAUACGUGGGGAAAUUUGGUCCCCGAAUGACGAUAAAGAAUCAUACUCAGUGACUAGCUGGCUGACUAUGGAUGAUCCUGACCAGUAUAAGUGCACAUAUAAACAUGAAAGCACAGAAGGUUCUGUCUCUCUCCGAUCCCAAGAUACAAAAGCAAAACUUGAUCCUGAGAAGAUCCAGAUCCUGUCUCCUACUAAACAAGAAGGGAAAGGAACACACAUAUGCCUCAUUGAGGAUUUUUUCCCAAAAAUUAUUAAGGUGACUUGGGAAGGCCUGAAUGCAGAGAAAAAUGCAAUACGUGGUGAAAUUUGGCACCGGGAAGACAAUACAGAAUCAUAUUCAGUGACUAGCUGGCUGACUGUCGAUGAUCCUGACCAGACGUAUAAAUGCAAAUAUGACCAUGAAAGCAGAAAAGGUGUUGUCCCUCUCGAAUCCCAAGCACCUAUCCUUCCAGACAACCAGAUAGUGCCUUCAACCACAACAGGUUGCAUCCACAAAACUGAGAAUGUCACCACACCUUCCACAGAUUAUGAUAUUACAGAGAGUUUAACGCACACAACUGCAUAUUUCGUAUACAUCCUCCUUCUCCUGAAAAGCACCAUGUACUACAUCAUCGUACUCUUCUUCAUGUACAGAAUGAAAAGUUCAAGCAAACGACAUGGAAAGAAACCCUGAACUUCUCCUUCAGCCUUCCAGCCUCAACAUCUGUGUCUGAAAGUUACUUUGCUUGUGAACAGGUUUAUGACCAUGAAACACCUUGCUCCACAUAUUAAGAUAUGCUUUGAGUUUGAGUUUGUUGGUUAUUUCUUUAAUUAUAGCAUAAGAAGGCUUCUUCUGCUUGGGGCCUAACAGUUUUACAGUUGGUCUUUUUUAUCAUUUUAAUUUUGCAACUAUUGAAUUUCCUAGAUUAUACUCCUUGGUUUCAGUGGGAAUUCUGCCUCACAAAGCGGGGCAGGAUCCAUCUCGUAGGCUCCUCUACUGCAAAAACACUUGUGCACACAAAGAACGUUUUGGAUCUGGGCAGCCCAACAGCAUGCAGUAAAGUCUGUGUGAAAACUCAGCCCCAUACAUAUUUGCAGGACUGGAGUCCUAAUCUGUAAUUUAAAAGGAUUCCUCAUUUCAUAGCUACUCAUUGCAUGUAUUUGCUUUAUAGAAUAAAAACAGGCUUCUGACUAUUUUACUUGAAAUAUUGAUGUAUUUUAAAUAAAAUUCAGCA